UCGCCGCAAGCGAGGCGCGACGCGCGAGCGCUGCACAUCCAAAGCAAGCUCCGUCCGCCAUAUCCAUUUAUUGUAAUUCCAUUUUCUCGUCUCCUCGAAUAGGAAAGAGAGGCAGAAGCUUUCGGUCCUUAGUUUCAACCUGUUACUUUCCGCGAGGGAUUUCAUUGGAAUGCAGAGGUUUUUCUGCAAAUAGAUUGAGUAACCCGACUGCUGAUGUCGAAAUUGCAAGUGAUCUAUCCAUCUUGUUGAAAUUUUGUGUUCAAUGCCAUGGAGCGCUACUCUACCGUCGGUUCUUUGAGGUUCUCACCUCUUCUUCCUUUAAGAAAUCGAACUCUAAUUCGUCGCAUUAAGCCAUCAUUCUAUGUGCCUUCAUCAAUUUCUUGUCAUUCGAAGAACUCGGAGGAUUGCGAUGAAGAAAAAACGAAGAGAAAUGGAUUCAGGUUACUUGAAUUUUCUGUAACUCUCACAGUUAUCUCUUCUUCGCUGCCUCAAGCUCAUGCCGCGCCGAAGGUCUCAGAGAAAAAGCGCUCGGCGAAGAAGAUGGAAGCUUUGUCACCCGAAGAACUAAAAUCGUGGUCUCAAGGGCUGCCGGUUGUCACCAACCGAAUUCCUUAUACGGACAUACUGAAUUUGAAGGAAGAGGGAAAGCUUAAACACAUUAUCAAGCUCCCCACAGUAAGUUUAAAGCAACGGCCUGAUGCUGUUCUUGUCGUUUUAGAGGAUUCUAGGGUUUUGAGGACUGUCCUACCGUCGGUGGAAAGAGAUGGAAAGUUUUGGGAAUCAUGGGAUAAAUUACAAUUGGAUUCAGUUUGCGUCAAUGCGUAUACUCCUCCCAUUAAAAAGCCGGAAAUUCCAGUACCUUAUUUAGGUAUUUUGUUGAAAAUACCACUCUUCAUGUCUUCUUUUGUGAAACCAAAGCCACAGUCAAGGCGGGCGCUGGAGCUUGAGAGGGCCCGGAAGGAGCUACAGAUGAGAAAGAAAGCUGAACUGGACAGGGUGAGGGAAGAACGUAAAAUGAUGGAGAAGGCCAUCAAGGCCGAGAAGAAGAUGGAAGAAAAGAAAAAGAAUAGGGCAUUGAGAAAGAUAAAGCAUGAAGAGUCUCUGCGUAAAGCAAGGAGGAAUUACCAACGUAUGGCAAUUGUAUGGGCCAACAUGGCUCGGGAUCAGAAUGUAGCAACUGCCCUUGGGUUUGUUUUCUUCUUCAUCUUUUACAGGACUGUUGUUUUGAGCUAUAGGAGGCAGAAGAAGGAUUACGAAGACAGGUUGAAGAUUGAGAAAGCAGAGGCAGAGGAGAGGAAGAAAAUGAGGGAGCUAGAAAGGGAAAUGGAAGGAAUUGAGGGUGAAGGUGAUGAUGGUGAGGAAGGGGGAAGUGAGCAGAAUGCUUAUCUUAAAAUGGCAAUGCAGUUCAUGAAGUCUGGUGCUCGUGUUCGUAGAGCGAAUAGUAAAAGACUUCCUCAGUAUAUGGAGAGAGGUCUUGACGUGAAGUUUUCAGAUGUUGCAGGACUUGGUAAAAUACGUCUUGAGCUUGAGGAGAUUGUUAAGUUUUUCACACAUGGAGAAAUGUACCGUAGGAGAGGAGUAAAAAUACCAGGUGGCAUACUUCUUUGUGGCCCCCCUGGAGUGGGGAAGACAUUACUAGCAAAAGCUGUGGCUGGUGAGGCAGGCGUUAACUUCUUUUCAAUUUCUGCAUCACAGUUUGUGGAAAUAUAUGUUGGCGUUGGUGCUUCUCGUGUCCGAGCACUAUACCAAGAAGCGAAGGAGAAUGCACCAUCUGUUGUUUUCAUUGACGAGCUGGAUGCUGUUGGAAGGGAGCGUGGUCUAAUUAAGGGCUCUGGUGGUCAAGAACGCGAUGCUACUCUCAAUCAGCUCCUUGUAUGCUUGGAUGGGUUUGAAGGUAGAGGGAAUGUAAUUACCAUUGCUGCUACAAAUAGACCAGAUAUUCUUGAUCCGGCACUUGUGAGGCCUGGACGGUUUGAUCGAAAAAUUUAUAUCCCUAAACCUGGCCUUAUUGGUCGCAUUGAGAUUCUGCAGGUCCAUGCUCGUAAGAAGCCAAUGGCUGAGGAUGUGGAUUACAUGGCUGUGGCUAGUAUAACAGAGGGAAUGGUUGGUGCUGAGCUAGCCAACAUAGUUGAGAUUGCUGCCAUUAAUAUGAUGCGUGAUGGAAGGUCUGAGAUUACAACUGAUGAUUUGCUACAAGCUGCACAAAUAGAAGAAAGAGGAUUGCUUGAUAGAAAAGAUAGAAGCCCAGAGAUGUGGAAGCAACUAGCUCUUAAUGAAGCAGCCAUGGCUGUAGUAGCUGUGAACUUUCCUGAUCUUAAGAAUAUUGAGUUUCUCACAAUCUCACCUAGAGCUGGUAGAGAACUUGGCUAUGUGCGAGUGAAAAUGGACCAUGUGAAAUUCAAGGAGGGAAUGCUUAGUCGGCAAUCUCUCCUGGAUCAUAUUACUGUUCAACUAGCACCACGUGCAGCUGAUGAGAUUUGGUAUGGUGAGGAUCAGUUGAGCACAAUUUGGGCAGAAACAGCAGAUAAUGCUAGAUCAGCUGCACGAGCCUUUGUCCUUGGUGGCCUUUCUGAGAGAAAUUAUGGGUUGUCUGACUUUUGGGUUGCAGAUAAACUUAACGAUAUUGAUUUAGAGGCCUUGCGCAUUCUUAACAUGUGUUAUCAAUGUGCUAAAGAGAUCCUACAUCGAAAUCAAAAACUCAUGGAUGCUGUGGUUGGUGAACUCAUUCAGAAGAAAAGUCUCACCAAGCAGGAAUUCUUUCGCCUAGUUGAGGUACAUGGUUUCCUUGAACCAAUGCCACCCAACAUAGUUGAUAUCAGGGUGUCCAAGCGCAUGCAGUUCCAAGAAAUGAUGGUGGACAAGAAGGAAACAGUUAAAGAGAGCACUCUAUGAAGUGGAUGACUAGUCUAUUCCAUCUUCUCCUGUUUUUGAGGGUUUAGUGGUCUGAUGCGAUACUGCCUUUGUCCUGAGAACUUAUUGCAGCAGAGCACUCUCUUGAAAGAUUGGCCCGCCCCCAUUCUACCAAUGCUAACUGGAAGAAGAGACUUCUGGGUCGGUAAAGUGAACUCAAAUGCACCUUGCAAACGGUUGAUAGAUCUCCGUCGUCGGCUGAACUUGGAGACCAGAAGGUGCAAUCUUGAAACAGCAAAGGAUUUCACCUAUUUGGAAGUCGAAUGUUUGUAUACUUAGUUUGUCUUCCGUUAUUCCAGAAAGUGUUCUUAUUCCCUUUUGUAUAUUAUCAUUUAUCCAUAAAGUAAAUAGAUUUCCCCGGUGCUUUCAUCAUAUUCACAGGGGAGUGUCAAUUGUGCCAAA